AUGGUUUCAUUUCAUAAAAUAUUUUUUUUCAUUCUAACAUUCAUUUUAUAUUUAAAUGAAAAGGCAAUAUGUUCCAUAAAUGAUAAAGAAAAUGACAAUGAAACUGUAACUAGUAGUCACAAUGUACAAUAUAAUGAUAAUAUCGAUCAAUUAAAAUCGAUGAUUGGAAAUGAUGAACUACAUAAAAAUUUAACAAUAUUAGAAAAAUUAAUUUUAGAAUCAUUAGAAAAAGAUAAAUUAAAAUAUCCUCUCCUUAAACAAGGAACAGAAGAAUUGUUAGAUAUAUCGAAAUUUCAAAAAAAAAAUAUUUCCGAUACCAAUGAUGAAUCUUACAUCGUACCUACGAUCCAAUCGACAUUUCAUGAUAUGGUAAAAUACGAACAUCUUAUGAAAAAACAAUUAAUAGAAAUUUAUAAUUCUGAUAUUUCAGAUAUAAUUAAAAAAAAAAUAUUUAUUGUACGAACAUUAAAAACAAUAAAAUUAAUGCUUAUACCAUUAGAUUCGUACAAACAAAAUAAUGAUUUGAAAACUGCACUCGAAGAAUUAAAUAAUGUUUUUAUAGCAAAAGAUGUACAAGAGAAAAAAACAAUUAGUCCAAUAGGUGACCACGAAACGUUUUUUAGAAAUAUAUUAUUUCGUGUGUAUGAUAUUCAACAGUCGCACGACAUAGAAAAUAAAUACGAUACAAUUAUACUUGAUGAUACCAAAAUAGAUGUAAUGGAUACAAAUGAUUUUUUUUUUACGACCAAUUCCAAUAUAAAUUUUAUGGAAGCUUUAGAUGAUAUAACAAAUCAAUAUGGAUUAGGGUUGAUUAAUCAUUUGGGUCCUCAUCUAAUAGCCCUGGGACAUUUUAUUGUAUUAAAAUUAGCACUUAAAAAUUAUAACAAUUAUUUCCAAGCAAAAAGUAUAAAAUUUUUUAGUUGGCAAAAAAUUUUACAGUUCUCCAUGUCUGAUCGAUUUAAGGUUCUUGACAUGAUGUGUGACCACGAAUCCGUGUAUUACUCCGAAAAAAAAAGAAGAAAAACAUACUUGAAAGUUGAUAGAUCACACACAUCUAUGGAAUGUAAUAUAUUAGAAUAUCUAAUACAUUAUUUUAAUAAAUAUCAAUUAGAAAUAAUUAAAACUACACAAGAUACUGAUUUUGAUUUACACGGGAUGAUGGAACAUAAAUAUAUAAAAGAUUAUUUCUUUUCAUUUAUGUGUAAUGAUCCUAAAGAAUGUAUUAUUUAUCAUACGAACCAAUUUAAAAAAGAAGCCAACGAAGAAAACACGUUUCCUGAACAGGAAGAACCUAAUCGUGAAAUAAGUGCCUAUAAUAUAUAUUUGAAUUAUUAUUAUUUCAUGAAACGUUACAGUUGUUAUGGAACAAAAAAAACCUUAUAUGUCCAUUUAUUAAAUUUAACUGGACUUUUAAAUUAUGAUACAAGAGCUUAUGUCACAUCACUUUAUUUACCAGGAUAUUACAACACUGUCGAAAUGUCAUUUACUGAAGAGAAGGAGUUUUCUACCCUUUUUGAAAACUUAUUAAAAUGUAUUGAGAAAUGUCAUUUACAUCAACCAAACACAUUAUCAAAAGAUAGUAAUUUCCUCAACGAUGUAUCCAAAUGCGAUGUAUGCAAAGGAGCCUUCUUAUAUUCUAACAUGAAAUUUGAUGAAGUUCCUUCGAUGGUACAGAAAUUUUAUGUAUAUUUAACUAAAGGUCUCAAAAUACAAAAAGUAUCAUCAUUAAUGAGAACGUUAGAUAUUUAUCAAGAGUACAGUAAUUUCUUAUCUCAUGAUAUUAAUUGGUACACAUUCUUAUUUUUAUUUAGACUUACAAGUUUUAAAGAUAUUUCAACCAAAAAUGUCGCUGAAGCAAUGUAUUUAAACAUAAAAGAUGAAGAUACGUUCAACAGAACCGUCGUAACAAACUAUUGGUUCCCUUCUCCUAUAAAAAAAUAUUAUACUUUAUAUGUUAGGAAACGUAUUCCAAACAAUUUGGUCGAUGAACUGGAAAAAUUAAUGAAAGUUGGAACGUUAGAAAAAAUGAAAAAAGCUCUCACGUUUUUGGUCCAUAUCAACUCGUUUUUACAACUAGAUUUUUUCCAUCAACUGAAUGAACCACCUCUAGGAUUACCAAGAUCUUAUCCUUUAUCUUUAAUUCUCGAACAUAAAUUUAAAGAUUGGAUGAUUAGUUCGCCCGCAGGGUUUUAUUUUUCCAAUUAUCACAAUCCAUAUAUAAGAAAAGAUUUACACGAUAAAGUCUUGUCACAAAAAUUUGAACCUCCUAAAAUGAAUCAGUGGAACAAAGUUUUGAAAUCGUUGAUCGAAUGUGCCUACGAUAUGUAUUUUGAUCAGAGACAUGUGAAAAAUUUAUAUAAAUAUCAUAAUAUUUAUAAUAUAAAUAACAAAUUAAUGUUAAUGAGAGAUUCAAUUGAUUUAUAUAAAACCCAUUUUGACGACGUGUUAUUUUUUGCAGAUAUUUUCAAUAUGAGAAAAUAUAUGACUGCUACCCCAACAUAUAAAAAAGUAAAAGAUCGCGUCUACCAUACAUUACACAGUAUUAUGGGAAAUUCUGUCAAUUUUUACAAUUAUGGUAUUAUUUAUGGAUUUAAGGUAAAUAAAGAAAUAUUGAAAGAAGUGGUAGACGAACUGUUUUCCAUCUAUAAUUUUAACACAGAUAUAUUUUCAGACACUUCGUUCCUACAAACAGUUUAUUUAUUAUUUAGAAGAAUAGAAGAAACGUACAGGACACAACGAAGAAAUGACAAAAUGAGCGUGAAUAAUGUGUUUUUCAUGAAUGUGGCAAAUAAUUAUUCGAAAUUAAACAAAGAAGAACGUGAAAUAGAAAUCCAUAAUUCUAUGGCAUCAAGAUAUUAUGCGAAAACGAUGUUUGCAGCAUUUCAAAUGUUGUUUUCAACAAUGUUAAGCAACCAUGCAGAUCAUCUGGACAAAGCAUAUGGAAUAAGUGAAAAUAUCCAGGUAGCAACAAGUACCUCCGCUUUUCUUACUUUUGCAUAUGUGUAUAACGGAAGUAUUAUGGACAGUAUGACCAACAGUUUAUUGCCACCAUAUGCAAAAAAACCUAUCACACAAUUAAAAUAUGGGAAAACGUUCGUUUUCUCCAACUAUUUCAUGCUAGCAUCCAAAAUGUACGAGAUGUUAAAUUAUAAAAAUUUAAGUCUGUUAUGUGAAUAUCAGGCCGUGGCAAGCGCAAAUUUUUAUUCGGCUAAAAAAGUGGGUCAGUUUAUUGGAAGAAAAUUUUUACCGAUAACUACAUUCUUUUUAAUAAAAAGAAUUGAAGCUUCAAUUAAAUGGGUACAAGGUGGUGAUUGUACAAUGCAAAGUUCACAUACAGGUAAUGUAUCUCAUACCGACGAAUGUGGUCACGGAAAAACUUCCCCCCAAAGUUUUUUCUUCAAUAGCUUUUUUGCACGCGAUUCCUCCAUAUACUUGUUUUUCUACUUUUUCUCGAAUCUAUACCUGGAUUCGGGUAAAUCGUUUCCUGGAGGGUUUGGUCCUGCCAUAAAAGAGCAAACUCAACAUGUUAGUGAAAAAUCGUACGAACGUAAACCUUCCGUUCAUAGUUUUAAUAGAAAUUUUUUCGUGGAACUGACGAACGGGUUCAUGUACGCCUUUUGUUUCUUCGCAGUAUUUUCUUUAUAUGCAUAUUAUGAAAAUAUUCAUUUUUAUAUUACGAGCAAUUUCCGUUUCUUGGAUAGAUAUUAUAGUGUAUUCAAUAAAUAUUUAAUAAAUUUUGUGAGAACCAAACUUAAAGAAUAUACAAGUGAUAUUCUGAUAAAAUACGAGCGUGAAGCUUACUUAAGUAUGAAGAAAUAUGGGUAUUUAGGUGAAGUUAUUGCUUCAAGAUUGUCUCCCAAAGAUAAAAUCAUGAAUUAUUUGCAUGAAACUAACGAGGAUACCAUGAAUAAUUUAAGAAGAUAUGAUAUGGAAAAUGCUUUCAAGAACAAAAUGACUACAUACGUGGACGAUUUUGCUUUUUUUGAAGAUGUUGGGAAAAACGAACAGUUUUUAAAUGAAAGGUGUGAUUACUGUCCUGUCGUUGAAGACGUGGAGGAAACACAACUACAACCACAAUUACUCUCAGACACUGAUGAGAGCUCGAACGCGUCCAAACCAACUAGUACCUAUAUAGAUAUUGAAAAAAUAGAUGAAACAGUUUCGGCACAUAGUGACGACGAUGAAAAGGAUUUCGAUGAACCCGAUGAUGAAUUAAUGAUCGCACGAUUUCAUUAA